AUGUCUCAUCUGCUGGCCAACGCCGAGAUCCCCACGGGCUGCCGUCCCCCGGCGAUUGUUGAGGGCCGUGAGACAGAUCUAUGGGUAGACGGGCGCAAGGAGGGCUCAAACCGGGGCUCAAGGGACGGAGUGCCUGUUGCAAUCACCAGGGGCAAGGAGAUGGUGGAGACGAACCCUUCUUCUUCAAAUCAACCCAAUCAGCAUGAGGUUGAUGACGAUUCUGUUAGUGGACAUCACCAGAUUGUUGCAACUUCAAGCGCUAACAGGGCUGCCUAUGUUUCAGAAGGUUCCAUUGACCCUAUUCUUGAUCAGAGUCUUUCUAACGGGGCAGCAGUUCAGCCGUUUGAGGGUGUUGAUGUGGAGAUAACUGAUGACGAGUUGGUGUAUGAAGAAGAACAGGACGUUGUUAGCUCCCAACCAAUUGUUCCAUUUGAAGGGAUGGAGUUUGAUACAAUAGAUGAAGCAAGGAGGGUGUACAACGCUUAUGCAUUCAAGAUGGGAUUCAGUAUCAGGAUAGGCUCAUCAAGAAGUAGUCGUGUGACUAAACAAUUGAUAAGGAAGGAGUUUGAAUGUUCGCAUGCAAGGAUUACACCUGGUGAAAAGGAAGAAAGUGCAUCGAGUAAUGCAUCAUCAUCGGCAGCAGCUACAUCCAAGAAGAAGAGUGCAACAGCGGUAAUGACCACUGCAACAAGGAAACGGAGCACGUUAAAGAAGGUAGAUUGUAAGGCACAUAUGGCUGUGGGUCUACGUAACGGAAGGUGGAGGGUUGUGGUGUUUCAAGCAGAGCAUACACACCCUUUGGUGAAGAUAAAGGGCAGGGUAAUGCAGCUGCGGUCGCACAGACGAAUAUCAUGGGCAGAUUAUGAGCUAUUGAAGACACUGCACCAUCGAAACAUAUCCACCAUGCAAAUCAUGGCAGUGCUAGGAGACUUCCAUGGAGGCGUGGGAAACCUAACCUUCAACAGUAAGGAUGUCUCCAAUAUGAGGACACACUUGAGGGUAGGACUACGGUACAGAGACAUGGAUGCUGUCCUAGAGUAUUUUCAGAAGUUGCAAGCCGAGAGCCCUAGCUUCUUCUAUGCUAUCAAGCUAGAUGCUGAGAAUGUUGUAAGGGGGUUGUUUUGGAUUGAUGGCAGAUCAAGGGAGUUGUACAAGUGCUUCAGGGAUUGCAUAUUCUUUGACACGACGUUCUGCACUAACCGGUACAACAUGCCCUUUGCACCAAUUGUUGGGAUCAACAAUCAUGCCCAAAGCAUCCUACUAGGUUGUGCUCUGCUUCCGGAUGAGACUACUGAAACAUUUGUGUGGGUGCUUCAAACGCUCAAGGAUGCAAUGGGUGGAAUAGCACCAACCAACAUCAUGACUGACCAGGAUAGGGCCAUGAAAGCUGCAAUAGCACAGGUAUUCCCUUCUACAACACAUAGGUGUUGCAAGUUUCAUGUGGUCAGCAAAGUUUGUGAGAAGUUUGGUUGGUUAAUUAGAAACAACCCAGAAUUUGCAGAUGAGUUUGACUAUUGCAUCAACUUCACCGAGUCUCCAGAGGAGUUUGAGACGUUGUGGCAUAACAUAGGGGUGAAGUAUGAUAUGCAUAGCAAUGAUCAUUUUCAGAACAUGUCUUCAACCAAGUCUAUGUGGGCACCUGCAUAUUUCAAGAAAUGCUUCUUUCCCUUCACAAGCACAACAGGGAGAUCUGAGAGUAUGAAUGCAUUAUUCAAGACAAUGGUGCACCCACAGGACUCAGUGUUGCAGUUCCUUACGCAAUAUGAGUACAUAAUGGAAACAAGGAUUGAGAAGGAGUAUCGAGAAGCAGCAAAAGGUGAAACGACAAAUCCACCGCUGUGGGGGAGGUCUCAAAUUGAGAAGCAAGUAUCUAAGAAUAACACUAGAAGUAUUUUCUUCAAGUUUCAAGAGUUGCUGCGUGAUUCCACGGCAUUAACUAUAGAUUCGAUUGCUAAAGAGGGAAGCCAAAUGACAGUGCAGGUGUUGAAACGAGUACACAAGGAAGGUGAGGUGACAUUGAAAACAUACAAUGUUGCUGCGAAUCAGGGGUCUGAAACAUACACUUGCUCUUGCAACAUGUUUGACCAAGAUGGUCUCCUAUGUCCUCACAUCCUGAAAGUCUUUACUACACUUGAUGUGCAACAUGUACCACAGAAGUAUCUGCUGCACAGGUGGUCUGAAGAAGCUACGCUAAAAGUUCCUCAACAUUUGUCAGGUCCUGAACCAGUGUUUGGUGUUCUAGCGACAAAUAAGCUGAGGUACAAUGCAUUGUGUAGGAAAAUGACACAGCUGGCUGCUGAUGCUUGUGUGGGUCCAGAAGAGUACAUGGUGGGUUCACAAGGGAUCGAUCAUUUGAGGGAAAAGGUGAAGGAAACCACGAAAGCAUUGAUUUCAAGACAAAAUGAUCCCCCAAAUGUAGUUGAGGGUGCAAAGGAGGUGGAGAGAGGGGUGAAACAAACAAAGUUCAAGAACCCUCCAGCAAAAGAUCCACAAGGGAGGCCUAGGAACAAGGUUGACCGUAAGAAGACCAUUGUACAACAAGUGAAAGAAAAAGCAAUAAAGAAGAACAGGUCCAAGGCUAAGAAAGACAAAGCCAAAGAGUCGGUGUGCUUGGUAUGCCACGAAGAAGGCCACGGUGUGGAGACGUGCAAGUUCUUAUCGGCAGCAAUACACCUAAGCGACACAGAGUUAAAGCUGUAG